GCGUACGAUGUUAAAACCGGUACGUCAGAUAAUGCUAUGGCUGGCACAAACGCCAAUGUUUGGAUCAAAAUACUUGGCCAGAAGCGCUUCACCAGGAAAUUGCUCUUGGAUAACCCUGGGAAAGAUGACUUUCAACAAGGAGCGUAAGUGUCGCACGUUAUUGUGGCUUUCAACUCACAGUAUAAUUCACCACUUUAGAAACGACUAUGAAACUCGAUUGAGUAGACUUCAAGGGUUGUUAUUGGACACAGGAAUAGCUGACCGGCGCGUGCCGAACAAAUUAAUUUUCGACUUUUGCCCCCCUUCUCGUUUUAAAAGUGGUAUAAUUUAAUUCAAAAACAAGUUGCUGUAACGGAGCGAAGUUGCUGUGCGCGCCGAUCUCCUAAAGUGGAGAGUCACAUAUCGGAUAGGUGUUCGCACAGCCAAUAGCUUUCCGUGUCGGCACGAACAUAACCUAACUCUUUCUAUAUUUUUGUAGAGGUUACGCACAGAGGGCAGUUUUUCCUCUAGGCUGAUCGAUCAUCAGCUAUACAUAACAGGGUUAGCUAAAAACAAAAAGACAAACGCUAUAUCCCUUAGAAUUUGCAAAAAUACUGCCCAUGCAGUAUAUAUUACAAUUUCUUUAAGUCUACGGAGCAUUGUUACACAACGGGCCAGAAUCCGAUGCAAUUUAGUGGGACAGAAGACGCUUUUACGUAGCAAGAGUUCAACUUCCACAGAAUUGACACUGUAAACCAACAUGGCCGCUAUUUCAUUCCUAACCCGUGGGGGGCGGGGCGGGGAGGGCGCAGGGAAGAGAGACGGGGUGGAGGGACUGUGAACGGCCCACAUUUCAGACAUGGAAUCUAAGUCAAUAAUAAUGAUAUCGUGGUUUAAAUGGAUAAAUUUGUAAAUUUCAAUGCUUUUCAAAUUUCCCUGUAGUGUAGACGACUUUAAAGUCUAUGCCGAAGAUGUUGGAUCAGUGUGCGGAUUUGAAGUUAUGCGUGAUGACACGGUAUCCAAUGGCGUGUCUGCUGUAUGGGGUAUUGAUUCCGUAAGUGAUCACAGUCAAACCACAGUCACCCUUGAGAAAUGGCCAACUGAUACAGAUUGGUAUGUUUAAUGCAGGUUCCGGGGGGUGCGUGUUCUUGAAACGUGCCGUCCGUUACAAACUAAGCCCAGUGGCUCUGGGGACGAGAAAUCGCGUAUCCUAGAUAACCAUAAAACAAGUGCGCAUGCCUACGAUCGUACAUGCGAAAAAUUAUUCUGGAUUUUUUUUCUCUUUAUAUAAAAUGAUACUGUGCUCUCUCGCUGACGCUCACCUGCAAUGAAGCUUAGUUUUAAAAUUUAGUUUCUAAAGUUGGAUAGUUACAUGUACUCACAGUAUAAUUUGCUUUGUUCCAGAUUGGUGUGAAGCCUGCCUGGGAGCCAAAGUAUUUGACUUUUUAUUAUAACUUCUUUUUACCGGCUUAUACGUGGAUUGAGUUCCCCAGUAAGUAAUUAAAUAUGAGAAACUAUAUGGGUCAGCCACAAGUUUGAAAAAAGCCACCAGUAUUCAACUCAAGCUUAUUAUUCAAUAAUUCAUUUCUUUGACUUGUUAAAAGUUAAUAAUUAAACUGAACUGCCCUCUUUGAGAGGCCAGAAGAAGGAAAACUUUAAGAUCCUUUUUUCCCAAAACGGUAUGGUCUCCUUCAAAGUCUUUUUGACGAGACGAAACGACUGAGAAGGAGGCUAAAAACGUUAUAACGAUAAAAUGUUUUUUCGCCAGCAGCAUGGUGCGCCUUAGAAGAUUGUUUUUCUAUAUGAAGUAUUUUAAUUGGCGGCCGGGAAAACCUUAAAUUCCUGUUAAAGUGGGCUGUUUGCAGUCUUCUAUUUCUUCGUGGGAUUGUUGAGAAAGAGGCUUGCUGCAACUGGCAGUAACCUAGGCUCCAAAUGAGAGUGUGACCUGGGGAUGAGGAUCAAAUUUACCUUAGUGUGCGGCAAAAGGGGGGACGUGGAUCUUGAGAGCUGACAAGAAAUAUAUUUUUUUGCACGCUCUUUUUUUUUCAGUAAAUAAUUAAGUGAAGGAAAAAGAAGAGAGCGGAAGAAAAAUUCAAUGGCAACUCCUUUAUCGAAAUUAAAAUUAUUAUAGUUCUUUUAGCCUAUCUGUCUCAGAAGCUAUUUUUUAAUAAGUGGUCAAAUAACGCUUAAGCUUCGCCCAGUUUGGUCUUCUUUUCUUUUGAAUUUCUUAUUCUCACAUGUUUUAGCCGGGUGUUACCCAAGCGAAUACUGUCGAGGUAAACUUAUCACAGAAUAAUUUCUUCUCAGGAUCUACAUGCUUGGAAACAAAUGAGGCUUGCUAUAAAGAAGCAGCUGCCUGCCCAGCGGGUACAAAGGAGAAUUCUGGCAAGGAGUGCUUCCUGAAAACUUUAAAGUGUUGUACCACCGGUAAGCUGUUAGUAGUGAGACCCUUACAGCUGGUUAGUCAUGAGGAACAGAAAAUGUUAAGGACUAAGAAACGACCUGGGCGACAAGACUCUCCGGAGCGAGGUCCCCAAUAGAGUUCUUCAAUCCUGUAAUCUUGAUUCAAAAUUUCGUGCAAUCCCGUAAUCACGAGGGGGGUUUUUAGCAUCCCACCUCCCGCGCAUAUUUUCAAACCCGAAGCUCGCCCUAAUUUUACUUUCAAAUCCCGAAUCCCGAGAUUCAGAUAAGAGAAAUCCCGAAAAAACUUAUUAGGGAUCCUCCAGAGCAGAGUGGUAUUUCACUUCUAACAAGUCAACAUGACUGAUCAGUAACAAAGGACCCAUUCUCAUAAGAGAGGAGAUACUAGUGGAGGAUCCAGGGGGCUCCGGGCCCCAAACCCCCCUCCCCCCUGCACGUCAGACCUGACGCUAGUUUGAGACUGAAAUUCUUACAUCGACAGGAUCGCAUAUAACUUUCUGACUAGUUGAUUUUUUUAAUGAAACGCGCGUUGCAUUUUGCCACUAAACUAAAUUCCAGGGAUAUUAUUACUAUCUUAUUAUUAUUAUUAUUAUUAUUAUUAUUAUAUUAUUAUUAUUAUUGUCAUUAUGGGAUAUAUUGCCUCUGCUUUCAAAGCAGGUAAUCUUAUACGCGCAAAAAAGUUAGAUAUCCUGUGCACGCGUGCGCAGGAACAGUUGGGGAAGGACCAAACUUUAAUCCAUAUUGUGUUUUUUUUUGUUUGUUUGUUUUUUUCUUUUCAGAAACAGCUGCCAGUGAAACGAAGGAGACUGAGUAACACCAGCUAAUGAAUUUUAAUCCGUAAGGGAUAAGACAAAGAAACUGGAAAAUGAUUCAGUUUAAUUUCCAUGGGGUUUCAAGCAAGCUUAAGGGUUAUUCUAAGGAUGAUCAUGAAUAUAUGAUUUUCUUGAAAGUCAUCAAUAAACCGGCAUUAAAAAAUCCCGACCGUCAGUUAUAAAAUGGC